AGUUAUUACUCUCCCUCUCUCUCUGUGUCUCUUUCUCUCCAGUCUCCCACCAAAGUCUUUUUCUUUUUUUCUUUUUUUGGGAAGAAAAUCAAAGAAAAGAAACCCCACAAAGAACAACUGUUGUUCCUUCCUCCACUCCUCUCUUUUUUUUUCCUUUUCUUUGAUCAUUCAUAUCAGUUCCUCCAAAAGCCCUAAUUUUUUUACUUUCUCUUUCUUUUUUUUUUUGGCUUUAAUAAUUUUGAGAUAUUUAUCCAUUCAAUUUAAACACACCCAAAUUGAAAAGAAAAGGAAACCCAAUCUGCAUUUUCUCUUUAUUGCCAUUUCUAGACAGUUUUAUCUUAAAUGGGUAUCUAUUAUUAGGCAUCAACAAUCAAGAAAAGGGAACAAAAUUCUCUAAAGCUCUCAACUUUCUUGCUCUGUAGUAAGGAAGAAGAAAUAAAGAGAAUAAAUUUACAGAAGCAAAUUCUCAUUUCUUCUGGUCAUUCGGUUUUUUGUUUUUUGUUUUUUUCCUUUUCUUCUUGGGGGGUUUUGAUUCCAUGGCUGCAGUUGCUGACAAGUCAGGUGAGGCGGCGGCAGCAGCAGCAGCUGCCAAUAACAACAACAAUUUGGUGGUGGAGACAGCCAACUCAGAAUCAAAGGAAUUUAAUGUGCAGAAGUUGGUUGAUAUGUUCACAAAGUUGAAUCCUUUGGCCAAAGAAUUUUUCCCAUCAUCUUACCAUCAUAAUCAGACCAAUAAUAAUAAUAAUUUUAAUCAGGUGCCUAUCAAUAAGCAAUCAGUUGGGAAUGAGAAUUUCUCCAACAGAAGGAGAAGAAAUAACUACAACCAGGGCAGAAGAAGGCUUAACGGUAGAGCUUUUCGAGCUCAAAGAGAAGAUGGUAUUAGGCGGACAGUAUAUGUUUCUGAUAUUGAUCAGACUAUUACUGAAGAGCGGCUUGCUGGCUUAUUUAGUAAUUGUGGACAAGUUGUUGAUUGCCGAGUUUGUGGUGAUCCACAUUCAGUUCUUCGCUUUGCAUUUGUUGAAUUCGCAGAUGAAGAAGGUGCAAGAGCUGCUUUGAGCCUUGGUGGGACCAUGCUUGGGUUCUAUCCUGUUAAGGUUUUGCCUUCAAAAACUGCCAUCCUUCCUGUGAACCCUACAUUUCUCCCUAGGUCAGAAGAUGAAAGGGAAAUGUGUACUAGGACAGUUUAUUGUACAAAUAUUGACAAGAAGGUUUCUCAAGCUGAAGUGAAGAAUUUCUUCGAAUCGGCCUGUGGUGAGGUCACUCGCUUGAGGCUUUUAGGGGAUCAUGUGCAUUCAACCCGUAUUGCUUUUGUUGAAUUUGCCAUGGCGGAAAGUGCAAUAAUUGCUCUGAAUUGUAGCGGGAUGGUGUUAGGAACCCAGCCUAUCAGGGUAAGUCCUUCAAAGACACCUGUGAGGCCUCGGGUUACCCGUCCAACAUUGCAUUAACUGAUCAAUGAAGGCUUUUAAGAUCCAUGGAUGGAAUUGGGUGACUUCCCAGUGGAGAGAAACUUUGUUGUGUUGAAGGGAUGGUGAAACUUUCCUUUGUUUCAUUGUUUCCAUCUUUUCUGUCGCAACAGAUACUUUUAUCUUUGACUGAAGAUAUAUCGUGACCAUGCUUCGGAUUGAAGCCUGACCUUUGAGAAUUUUUUACCUUAUUCCAUCCCUUCUGUUUUGACAAUGUCAUCUUUGGAGUUUCUUUGGUCCUAA